GGAGUCAAACCCACUCACUCACCCACCAAUCUUCCGGUCUUCUCAAGUCCAUCGCCUUCCAGUUCACAGAGCGAGCGAGCGAGCGCAGACAAAAAAAGAUUGGGGAGAGAGUCUUUUGCUAGCUGUAAGAAACAAUUUCUUUCUUGAGCCCACAUGCGCGGGCUAAGCCGGUUUGGCAGCGGGGUCAACACACCGUUGCCGCCGUCCUCGCCGCGCCUCCGGAGAAAGAACUCCCCCGUUGGAUUCGGCGCGGGGAGCUUCCGCGGUGGCGUAAAUGGAGAAUUGAAGCUGCAUAAUUUUGCUGAGAAGUUGGGAUUUGUUCUGGUUUCCGCCGUGCACAGGCGGCGAGGGGUGUUACUUUUCGCCCCUUUGUUGUAUAUUUCUGGAAUGUUGUUCUAUAUGGGCACUCUUGGCCUCAAUGGUGGCAGGGCUCGUCCGGCGGUGGCUCCGCCUGGAUCACUGUAUCGGAGCCCUCAGUUAUUUGAGAAGCUCUGGCCCCAUAUGCAGGAUGAAAAUAAUGGGAUCUCAAAAUUGUUGACAAAUGUGUGGAAUCCAACGUUUCAUCAAAAUUGGAAGCCUUGUCUUCACAACACUAUUUCACACGCUGGGUCGCCGGAAGUACACAAGUCAAAUGGUUUUCUUAUAAUUGAAGCAAAUGGUGGGUUAAACCAACAAAGGUUAUCGAUAUGUGAUGCAGUUGCAGUUGCUGGUAUGCUGAAUGCUACACUUGUUAUCCCAAUAUUUCAUUUAAAUAGUGUUUGGCAAGAUUCGAGCAAGUUUGGUGAUAUCUUUGAUGAGGACUUUUUCAUAUAUGCUCUAAGGAAUCAUGUCAAGGUGGUAAAACAACUCCCAGAAGAUGUACUUCUGCGCUUUGACAAAAAUAUUAGCAACAUUGUGAAUUUGAGAGUAAAGGCAUGGUCCAGCCCAACCUACUACAGGCAAAAGGUCCUACCAAGGCUUUUGGAAUUGGGGGCUGUACGCAUUGCACCUUUUUCCAAUAGAUUGGCCCAUGCAGUUCCCCCAAAUAUCCAAGGCCUUCGAUGUUUGUGCAACUUUGAAGCGCUGAGAUUUUCUGAAUCCAUACGCACGCUUGCUGCAAAGAUGGUUGACCGAAUGGUGAAAAAUAGCUCGACAAGUGGAGGAAAAUAUGUUUCAGUGCAUCUUCGAUUUGAAGAGGAUAUGGUUGCAUUUUCUUGCUGUAUAUAUGACGGCGGCGAGAAAGAAAAACUUGAGAUGGAUGUUGCCCGCGAAAGAAGUUGGAGAGGCAAGUUCCGCAAAAGAGGCAGAAUUAUAAGGCCUGGUGCAAUAAGGAUGGAUGGGAAAUGCCCUCUUACUCCACUUGAGGUGGGCAUAAUGCUAAGAGGUAUGGGAUUUGAUAACAGCACGUCAGUUUACGUUGCUUCUGGAAAGAUUUAUAAGGCCGAGAAGUUCAUGGCUCCCCUCAAACAAAUGUUCCCACACCUGGAAUCAAAAGAAAUACUCGCUUCUCCAGAAGAACUUGCUCCGUUUGAGGGGCAUCUAUCACGAUUGGCAGCCCUUGACUAUACAGUUUGCCUCUACAGCGAAGUGUUUGUCACAACUCAGGGUGGCAACUUCCCCCAUUUCUUAGUGGGUCAUAGACGCUAUCUGAAUGGAGGCCAUGCCAAGACCAUAAAUCCUGAUAAGCGGAAAUUAGUUCUUCUAUUUGAUCGCCCAAGUAUAAGAUGGAAUGACUUGAAAAGGCAGUUGCAAGAUAUGCUUCACCACAGUAACGUAAAGGGUUGUGAAGUCAGAAAAUCAAGCACCUCACUCUAUACUCACCCCAUGCCUGACUGCAUGUGUAAGCAACAAGUUGUGAAUAAGGAAAGCAGGAACACCUCCAAAUCCCUUUGAUAUGUAUAUACGGUUCAUCGAUUUUAUAUAUUUACACCCACACACACACGUUCCACGCAUAGAGAACUUCGAGUUUAUAUACCUGUAAUUUGUAGUAUAUGUAGCUUAGAGUUUAGCAACCCAGAAAUUUAUGAUUCUUUUCUUCUCGAAAAAAAUAUUCCCCCCACAACCUAGCACAUCCUUAGAGUCUUGCUACGGUGACACCACCCAUGACACUAAGCUUGAUAUCAUCAGUCUAUCACAAACACACGUAGAUCUAUGAGUGACGACUAUCUAUUCUGUAAGAUACAGUGAUGUCAAACUUGGUGUCAUGUGUGGUAUCAAUGUAGAAUUGCUCAUUAUGAUCUUGUUGUCAUUAGAGACCAUUCCAAGUUGGUUGAGGUUUUGGACCGGUGUUGCAAUAGUUCUGUAAUUGUA